ACGACGAAGAGCUCCUCACACAACCGAAGAAGCGUUGGCUUCCAACCCCCCCCCCCCCUCGCCCAUCGCUGUAUUGCUAUCCCACUUUGUACUCCGCCGAGUUUCGGACUCGCCCACUCGGAUCUUCCUUGAAUGCAGCACCCAGCUCGGCCUUCGAUUUCCCUCGCGGUUUUGGGCGAAGAAGAGUCGGAGGUUUCUCACUACUGCGACCAAUUCUCUCGGUUUCGUUUGCGGUUGGGUUUUUUUUUUUUUUUUUUUUUUUUUUUUUUGAAUCGUGGCGAUUCGUUGCCGUGGAGAAAGUCUGGAGGUGGCGCGCCGAGGUUUAGCUGGUAUGGCCCAUCAGCUGUCGCGUGUGGCGGCGAGGAAGCUUUACUCGCUUGGCGCUGGAGGAAACUUACGAACGUUAGGAUCUGGCUAUGCUAAGGCCAAUUGGUUUAGCACGCAAGAAUUUAACGAUGCUUCUCGAGAUACUGUAUCAGAUUCAAAUAUACAAGUUCCAGAGUUUAACCGGGGUCAGUUCGAUGCUUCUCCUGAUUCUUUUUCAUUCAAUUCCGUCGCUUCUUCGGAACCUCUAAUCAGUGGAGAGCAAUCUGACCAGCCUGCGUUUAAGCCUUCAGACAACUAUUCAUCUGGCCGCGCCUACCAACCUCGUGGUGUCUACAAGGCUAUACUUUUGGGAGAAGUCGGCCAAGCUCCCGCACAAAAAAUCCUGAAGAGUGGGCGAGCAGUCACUGUAUUCUCUGUGGGCACUGGAGGAAUGCACCUCAAUCGUAGGAUGUUUGAUGGGGAAACUCCUGAAGAGUUUGCAGAACGGAGCAACAUGCAGUGGCAUAGAGUAGCUGUAUAUCAAGAAAAGGUUGGCAACCUCAUCUUGCGCUCUAUGAAGCAGGGGGCACAGGUUUAUGUGGAAGGCAAUAUGGAAACAAGAGUUUAUACCGACCCUGUUACACAACAAGUGAAGCGAAUCCGAGAAAUUGCAGUACGCCAGAAUGGACGACUUUUAUUUAUGGAUACAGCGUCAACAGACAAGGAUUUACAGUUCAGCGAAAAUCCGUUGGAUUCAGUAGAUCCAAUUACUAAUCAUCCAGGGUCGUCAGAGCAGUCCCUAGGUGUAUAAGUUGCUUUCUAUUGCACCAUUUUCUACAGCUGAGUUUUGCGGAAGUAUCACCUUAAGAUUUUUGAAGGAAGACUUUGAUUCUUACCCUUUUCUACAUAAACCAUCUGGUUUGCAUCUGGUGCCUUAAACAGCUAUCACUGGAGGACGGAUCUGGUAACUGAUUAUUGUCUAUCAGCAUUUGGAUUGCACGUUAGAUCGACACAGUGGCAUUUACUACAUUGCCCAAACAGGAUAUUUACACAGAAUUCUUUAUGAUUCUCUUUAACAGUUUUAUUCAGUGUAGACCAUAUUCUAAAGGAGUCAGUGGAAGAUGAAUCUUGCAAGUAGUGCUGGAUUAGCGUCUUUCCUUCUGUACUUCUCAGUCAGUUCUGCAGAUGGCUUGCUUGAUGCAUUCCUUUACUUGAUACGCUCACACAGUAUGGUUUUAAUGAGUUCUGUGUGAUACUGCAAUUCUAUUUGUCCAAAUUCAGUUGUAAGAUGGUAGUAAUGAAAGCCAAGUUUUUCAGGCUUAGAUCACUUGCUAGGGACAUUAGUGGCAAUAAUGCAUCUAAUUAUGACUUC